UUCAUUCACAAGCAAUUUUUCAAUUCUCAUGGCUCUUUUUUCUUCUUCUAAAGUUUCAUCCUUUUCUGGAUUCUCUCUCUCACCUAUUUCAGGGAACAAUCUUAAGAAACCAACUUUAUCAUUUUGUUCUUGUUUGAGAGUUAAUGAGAAAUGGGGAAGCAGAAAAUUGAGUGUUUGUGCUGCAACAACAGUUCCUUUAACUGGGGUUAUAUUUGAACCAUUUGAGGAGGUUAAGAAGGAUAAUCUUGCUGUUCCAAUUGUGCCACAAGUUUCUUUGGCUCGUCACCAUUUUUCUGAUGAAUGUGAAUCUGUAAUUAAUGAACAGAUUAAUGUGGAAUACAACAUUUCCUAUGUGUACCAUUCCAUGUUUGCAUACUUUGAUAGGGAUAACGUGGCUCUCAAGGGACUUGCCAAGUUCUUCAAGGAAUCUAGUAAAGAAGAGAGAGAACAUGCUGAAAAGCUUAUGAAAUAUCAGAACAAUCGUGGUGGAAGAGUUGUACUUCACCCUAUCAAGAAUGUGCCCUCAGAAUUUGAGCAUGUGGAAAAAGGGGAUGCAUUGCAUGCAAUGGAAUUAGCUUUAUCUUUAGAGAAGUUAACAAAUGAGAAACUUCUCAAUGUGCACAGUGUGGCAGACCGCAACAAUGAUCGUGAAAUGACACACUUCAUUGAAAGCGAAUUUUUGAGUGAACAGGUUGAAGCAAUUAAGAAGAUAGCAGAGUAUGUGUCUCAAUUGAGAAGGGUUGGAAAAUGUCAUGGUGUUUGGCACUUUGAUCAAAGACUACUUCAUGAGGAACAUGCUGCUUGAUUAUGAAUAGCCUUCUUCUAUUCUAGUCUUUGUUUACAUUUGGUCUUUUAUGAAGUGCUUGGUUGUUUUCUGUGGUAGCAUUGUUUUUCCUAUGUACGGAGAUUGCAGAACUUAGAGUAAUGUAAUUGCUAGUGUCAAAUGCAAAAGGUUACAAGCCUUGUGCAGUAGCAUCUGUUAACUGCUUUUAGUAAUUUCUGUCUUCAAUAAAAAAAUAGGUUAUGUUUAUUAUGUUUUAAAGUACAUAAAUGUGAACCUUCUUUAUCAAUA